AGCGCUUGAUAGAGCGGCACUGUCCUGCAGCUCCACCUGCCGCACUGGAGGGGAAGGGGGGGAUGCAGCCAGGCCCGCCCCGGUCGCACACACGUCACGGCUGCGCCGGAGCAUCGAGAUGGAGGGUGUGUUGUACAGCGGGCUGCCCCGCGAGGCGGCGAAGGAGCUAUGCCUACAGCCCCAAGGGUCAGAGGAGGCCAGAGCGUUUGUGAGCGCCUUCCUGAAGCGCAGCAUGCCCAAGAAGAAGGACGAAGCCAUCCAGGAUGUGCUAACGCGGAAGGCCGUGGUUCUGGAGCACCACUGCAGGAGGAGGAAGAAGCCAAAGAGAAGGAAAACAAAAACCUUCACAGCCAAACAGAGGAGGGAGCUGGGGCUGUUUGAUAUCGAGCCUGAGCAGCAGAGAUAUGAACUAUUUCUACCACUACAUGAACUCUGGAAGCAAUACAUCAGAGACCUGUGUUAUGGACUUAAACCAGAUGCGCAACCACAGAUGGUGCAGAGCAAACUGCUGAAAGCUGACCUCCAUGGAGCUGUUGUUACAGUCACAAAAUCAAAGUGUCCAUCUUAUGUUGGGAUAACGGGAAUAAUCCUACAGGAAUUCAAACAUGUCUUCAAGAUUAUUACUAAAGACAACAAACUAAAAGUUGUUCCCAAAAUUAACAACGUAUUCAGUGUGGAGACUGAUGGAUUCAUUUCCUACAUCUAUGGAAGCAAGUUCCAGCUUCGAGCAAGUGAGCGGUCUGCAAAGAAGUUCAAGCUGAAAGGAACUAUUGACCUAUGAUUUCAUAGCAAAUCAAAAGGAAGUUUAAUUAAGAUGUCUGCUGUUCUCCUUCAGUUUACAAAACAGGUUUUCUGGCAGACUGAAAGACAGAGUUAACUAGCUGAGAUUUUUCUGAAGUGUUUCUUCAUACUGAAGAAUGACUGGUUUCAUCUUUAAAGCAGUCUGUCAAACUGCUGAAGUCUUAGUUGUAUCUUUUACUUGUGUGUAAUGUUCUGCCUUUUAUUAAACUUGUGAUUAGUACUGAU